AUGCGUUUGUGUGUGUUUGUGUGUGGAAGUGUGUGGAAGUGUAGCGCAAUGAGAUUCUCAAUGCCUUUUAUGAGAAUGGAUAGGCGGCCGUUUCCAAAUAUCCUCGUCGUCCAGCCCCCAGUUAUGAGUUCCCAUGUAUUGGAAGUAACUCUUAAUUUCUUUUUGUUAUCACUGUUUUUUUCUUUUUCUUUUUCUUUUUUUGUGAUGGGGAAAGUGCAGCUGCAAAACAAGGAGAAAAGAAAUAAGAGAUAUUGUUUGUUGAUAGCGGGGGGGGGGGGAAAGAAAGUGGAAUUACGGGUAUUUUUUUCCACUGUUUCUUACUGUGGAAGAAGAGGUUAG